GCCUCCCGCCUCUGGCCUCUGGCCUGUGCUGUCAGAAGCGCCGGCUGCCAUGUCGUCUGUCAGCUGAUCCCUCAUUCGUGGCAUCCCGGCCGGGAUCCCCGCCGGAGCCAGCGCCCAGACGAGCGGGCAGAGGGCCCACAGCGGUAUGGAUGUUUGCCAGGGUGGCCCCGGAAUCCAUCGUUCUUCUUCCGCCAUCCGGCACCGUUGUAGGCUCCUCGCUGCGUCUCAAUCAUAGGCGCCCACGUCCGCACUCUGCCUUUCUGGGUCUUUUGCGGGUCUCUUUGCCGCCGCCUCUCGCUGUCCGCAAACCCGACGACAAGUUUUGCCUUGACCUUUGCUCUCUACCAGCACCCGAUUGCCUUAAGCUCGAAUCGAUGCUCGGAUCGAUGCUCAGGGCACUGCAGCUUCCCAGUCUCGCAGCCGCCCCUCGCAUCCGUGUACUCAGUCCCCUCCGCCGGCCGGGAACUGCACUCAGGGGGGUCCGUCCAGAGUCGCUUUGCUGCUUCAGCACCCUGCAGGAAUCUUUGCUCGGUCUCGAAGGGUCGGGUCCAACGAUCAUCCGUAAUCCUACUACGGCCCGAUGCUAUGAGGACGCCCUGCGUUACGAAAGCGGCACCCGCAUCAGCUCGUCGGGUGCUCUGGCGGUGGUCAGUGGCCUCAAGACCGGAAGAUCUCCGUCCGACAAGCGGAUAGUCCUGGAACAGCAGCAUGAGCACAACAUCUGGUGGGGACCUGUGAAUACCGGUCUCAGCGAGCUGUCGUUUCUCCAGAAUCGGAAACGGGCGAUGGAUUUUUUGAAUAGCCGCAAGCGACCUGUAUACGUCGUCGAAGGCUACGCUGGAUGGGAUCCCUCCGCUCGCAUCAAGGUGCGGGUUGUGUGCACCCGUGCAUACCACGCGCUGUUCAUGCGGAAUAUGCUCAUCCUGCCAAGCUCCGAGGCCGAGGAGCAGUUUGGCUCGCCCGACUUUACGAUAUACAACGCUGGCGAAUGCAGCGCCGAUCCAGAUGUCGACGGGAACACGUCCGCAACCUCGGUCUCCAUAUCGUUCGAUCGCAGCGAAAUGAUCAUUCUGGGAACAGAGUAUGCAGGAGAGAUGAAGAAGGGGGUGUUCACCGUGAUGCACUACCUCAUGCCCUCGAGAAAUGUUCUCUCGCUCCAUGCGUCCGCAAAUGAAGGCAGCGAUCGCUCCGCCAAGGACACACACCGCAGCACCACAAGCAGCGGUGAGCCAAGCGACGUCACUCUAUUCUUUGGCCUUUCAGGAACGGGCAAAACCACGCUAUCGGCUGAUUCCCGACGCCGACUCAUUGGCGAUGACGAGCACUGCUGGACUGAAACAGGUGUAUUCAAUAUCGAAAAUGGCUGCUACGCCAAGGCCAUUGAUCUGUCGCGAGCCAAAGAGCCGGAAAUCUUUGAUGCAAUCCGCUUCGGUACCGUUCUGGAGAAUGUCGAGCUGGACGACGAAACCAGGGAGGUUGACUACUCGAGCAGGCGCCUGACCGAGAACACUCGGGCAUGCUAUCCAAUUGAGCACAUUGCCAACAGCAAGAUCCCUUGCAUCGGCGGUCAUCCGAAGAACAUCAUAUUUCUGACGUGCGAUGCAUUUGGAGUACUCCCUCCGGUUGCACAGCUGACUCCCGACCAGGCCGUGUAUCAUUUCUUGAGCGGAUACACAGCAAAGAUUGCAGGAACAGAGGACGGUGUGUCGGAGCCUCAGGCGACAUUUUCUGCAUGCUUUGGGCAGCCCUUCCUGGUUUGGCAUCCUGUGAUUUACGCAAACAUGCUUCGCGACAAAAUCCGAGAGCACAAGUCGGCAGUAUGGAUGAUCAACACUGGCUGGACAGGGGGCAGGUAUGGCACUGGAAAGCGCAUCCCUCUUCAGCUCUCAAGAUCAAUUGUUGAUGAGAUUCAUUCGGGUCGAUUAAGUGAGAGCAUGAGCUCUGGGAUCCAACAAACCUUCCCGGUCUUCAACCUGGCGAUUCCAACCGAUCUUCCCGGCAUGGGCGCCUCGUUCCGAUCGAUUCUCGACCCGAGAAGUGGUUGGCCAUCGGGCGCAGCUGAUUUUGAUCAGAAUCUUCGAGAGCUUGCACUCCUCUUUGACCAAAACUUCGCACAGUUCUCUGGCCAAGUUGGCACUCAAGUUGCCCGCGCCGGAGUAAAGCUGUGAGCGUAUCUUCCAACAGUGCAUACGAUGGCACUUUGCCUUGCUUGCGGCCGGAAACAUUCUCAGGCCAUUGCCGGUCCUAGAGCCGGAUCCAGGAUGCUCGUGUUGGCAGCAACCACGCCGACGCCAUCCUAUUGUUAGCACAGAUGACAGCUUCAAUCGACAGAUGGCUGGACAUGAAUUGGUCGACGACUAAUCAGUGCAAACCUAUCGCAGAGUGACUUUAUCCAGCAACGCGGAUUGCCUUCUGAAAUAUACAGCUCUUGCGCAAAAUCGAAA